CCGGCUAUUUUCUGGAUAGCCUGUCGCUCCCAGCUGCUUCGUCGAAUGAAUCAAUUGUUCGUAUAGCGCAGAUGGAGAACAUUCACUCAUGUGGGGACAAUCUGUUUGGACCCCAGGUGAAACACUGUCGUGGUGACUUUGACUUCACCCUGCUGUUCGAGGAGUGCUUCCUCUCCAUCGUACCUUCAGCCCUCUUCCUCGUCGCCCUUCUCUUCCGAUACAAGCAACUUUGGCUGAAGCGAAUCCCCAGGGUCACCAAGAAUGCCGUCUACUGGGGCAAGUUGAUACUUGGAUAUGCAUUUGCAGCAUCACAACUGGCGCUCCUGAUCGUGUGGUUCCUUCCCCAUGCACCACGAACACGAAUCUCUCUAGCGGCUGCCGUUUUGGCCUUUUUGACAUCGGUGGGGAUACUAUUCCUGUCACACCUUGAACAUAUUUAUUCAGUUUAUCCCUCCUCCAUUCUCAAUGUAUUCCUGUCACUGUCGAUUUUGUUCGAUGCCGUGCGUGUGCGGAGCUUAUGGCUGGCUUCUUACACCGUCCUUGGCGCGAUUUACACAGCCAGUCUUUCCCUGAAGAUCGCCUGGUUUUGCCUCGAGGCCAAAUCUAAGCAGGCAUUCUUUGUCGAUCGGAGAGAACGUUACGGCGAUGAAGAAGUCCAUGGCUUCUAUAACCGCGCUUUUUUCUGGUGGAUCAACCCUUUGUUCUUUCUCGGGUUCAAAACAACACUGGUGGUGGACGACCUUCCACGGUUGGACAAAAGUUUAUCAGUGGACGUACUCCACCACGCUCUGGCUACGUGUUGGGCUCGAGCCUCAAAGUCGCGUAAAAACUCUUUGGCGCUAUCUACCGUCUACACUUUCAAAAUUUCCAUUCUGUACUCAUUUCUAGCGAGACUGGUUAUGAUCGGCUUGAAUUACUCACAACCAUUCCUGAUCACAAGCUUAACAGAAUACGUGGGAGGAAACAGCACUAACAAAAAUCAUGGAUAUGGCUUGAUUGGCGCCUUUGCACUCGUCUUCAUACUCAAAGCAGUAUUUAACUGUCUCUACGAACAUCAUACUUUUCGCCUUAUAACACAAAUCCGAGGAGCUAUUGUAUCCAUGAUCUACGAAAAGACUCUAGACCUGAAGUUUGAGGAGUACAGCGACUCUGCUGCACUCACUCUAAUGAGCAAUGAUAUAGACAACAUUGCAUCAGGGGUUCAAAACCUUCAUGAGGUUUGGGCAAGUCUGGUAGAAGUGGCCAUUGCCUUAUAUCUCCUGCAGCGUGAGGUCUCUUGGGCAGCUGCAAUCCCGGCAGUACUCUCAUUUGCUGUCUUCUUCUUUACACACUUCCUAUCCAAGUCUGCGCCCAGGAGACAGAAGAUUUGGAUGCAGGCUGUUCGGGAAAGAGUGACAUUUACGUCAAGUUAUCUGGAUGCUAGUGCAACAAUCAAGAUGCUUGGUCUCAGCGGCCAGUUUUCUACUCUUCUACAACAGUUCCGGAUUCACGAACUGAAAAUGCAAAAGAAAUUCCGUCAUUUGAUGGUGAGGAUGAAUCUCCUUGCCGGCAUAACGUCAAAUCUUAGUCCUGUUCUCACUCUGAGUCUCUAUACUGGCAUCGCACUUCACGCCGGGCGAAGCCCAUUAACGGUGUCACAAACCUUUUCGUCGCUUUCUAUCAUUUCUUUGCUUAGCGCCCCCCUGUCAAACCUGGUAUAUUCUAGCCCAAAGGCCACUGCAGCUUUGGAAUGCUUUCAAAGAAUUCAGGCAUAUCUAGUGGCAAGACCUAAACUCGAUGACAGAGUGAUUGCUGCUCAACAUGCUUCUGCACCUGCGACUUCAAGUCACUGGAGCGCUGAAGAACCUGAGACCAUAGAGCUUCAGCCCCCAAAAGCCGAUGCGCGAGCGCUUAUAAAUCAUUCCCUACCAUCUGAAGCCGAUCUGGUGCAUAUCCACCAGGCUGAAUUCGGCUGGGAUCGCAACUUGCCAGCAACAAUAUCAAGCAUUGAUCUCCGAUGCUCUGGUUCGUCUCUCACCAUAAUCACCGGACCAGUCGGUUCAGGCAAAAGUACCCUCCUCAAAGCAAUUCUCGGUGAGGUUCCUUGCUUAAAAGGUUUCAUCCAUACAAAAGUAUCCGAUCUUGCUUUUUGCGAUACCAAACCCUGGAUCCGCAACCGCUCAAUCCGUGACAACAUUUGCCUGCCGCUUCAAUACGAUGAACAAUGGUACCAGACUGUGCUUCGCCUGACUGCCCUAGAUCAUGACAUUCAAAACCUUCCCCAGAAAGACCUCACCCUCAUUGGCAGCAAUGGGAUGGCAACAAGUGGCGGACAACGUCAGCGGAUUACCAUUGCCCGUGCAGUCUAUGCCCGGAAGCGGGUGGCCAUCUUCGAUGAUGUUUUCAGCGCCUUGGAUGCGAAAACGUCGGAGCAGAUCUUUAUGGGUAUUUUCGGGGAGCAAGGCAUCUUGCGCCAGCAAGGAGCCGCUGUUAUCCUAGCGACACAUGCCCGGAAAUUCAUGGCGUUCGCCAAUCAUGCGGUAGUUCUUCAAAAUGGGAAGGUUAUGGAGCAAGGACCACCCCGAGAGCUUCAAGAGUGGAGACGAUACCUCUCAGAUGAAAUAACCUUAACGGUGGAUCAAGUUGAGACCCAAGUCGAAGCACAUGGUAGCCAUUCAGCCUCAAGCACAGAAAAUGACAAGCACGAGGAAGUAAACAGAAAGCUGGGAGACCUCACUAUCUACAUUUACUACCUUCGGACAGCGGGGCUUGGGCAAGUACUACUAUACUUUGCAGCCCUAGUCGUCGGGGUUUUCUGCUCACAGUUUCCCAAUCUCUGGGUUCAAUGGUGGGCGGAACAGAAUGCACGGACGCCCUAUGGAAAGCUCGUACUUUACAUCAGUGUUUACGCCGUACUGGCAGUACUUGCUGCUGGCUUGUGGGCAUCUUGUAUGUGGCUGGUCUUUUGCCGGAUUGUGCCCAGGUCUUCGAGUCGGCUCCACGAGUACCUUGUGACGACUGUUAAGAAAGCGCCUCUACACUGGCUCACCUCUACUGACAGCGGAGUGACUCUCAAUCGGUUCAGUCAGGACAUGACCUUGGUGGACAGGUCACUACCAGCUGACUUUCUGAAAACGACUAACAAUUUCACCCAAUGUAUCAUGAGCGCGGUCUUUAUAUCUGUUGGAGCGAAAUACAUGGCCCCGCUGAUUCCACUUUCCGUUUUCAUGAUAUAUUGGAUCCAGAAGUUCUAUCUUCGUACGUCGCGGCAGCUCCGUCAUUUAGAUCUGGAAACAAAGUCACCUCUCUAUACUCAAUUCACGGAAACUCUCAGCGGCCUCAUGACUGUCCGUGCAUUUGGCUGGCAGAGAAACUUUCAACAGGAGCACCAAGAGCUGCUCCAACAGUCGCAACGGCCUUACUAUAUCCUCUUUGUCAUUCAGCGGUGGCUGACUCUUGUCCUGGACCUCUUCGUCGCGGCCAUCGCAACGCUGCUGGUCAUAUUUGCCGUACUCGUUCCUGGUAUAGGCCCAAUCGGCGUCUCUCUCAUCUCUCUGAUCACAUUCAACCAGCAACUCUCCGAACUGAUCAACUUCUGGACCUCGAUGGAAACCAGCAUCGGCGCCGUCAGCCGCAUCCGCAGCUUUCAACAGGUCCCGUCCGAAAACCUUACCGGUGAAGAUCAAACACCCUCUCCCAACUGGCCAUCCCAAGGCCAAAUCGCGUUUCAUGACCUGUCCGCAAGUUACGAUGCAAGCUCACCACCCAUCCUCCGCAACAUCACCCUCACCAUCCCCGCCGGCACCAAACUCGGCAUCUGCGGCCGCACUGGCAGCGGGAAGAGCUCCCUGCUACUAACCCUGCUGCGAAUGACUGAGAUCCAGAAUGGAGACAUAACUAUUGACGGUGUCAGUCUAAAAUUCUAUCCUCGUGACAUAAUCCGGAACAAAGUCACCGUGAUACCCCAGGAGCCGGUGUUAUUUCGGGGAAGUGUGCGUGAUAACAUCACUGCAUUCACGGCAGUCGAUGAUGACGAGGUUCUGCUCGCCCUUGAAAAGGUUCAUCUACAGGCUCACGUGCUUCGUCAUGGUGGUCUUGAUGCGAAGAUCGAUGAUCUGCCUCUUUCCGCUGGUCAGCGACAGCUCGUCUGUCUCGCACGGGCAAUUAUUAUGAAAUCGAGGAUUCUGCUGCUGGACGAGGCGACGAGUCGGGUGGAUGGGGAGACGGAUGAGCUAAUGCAGCGGAUCAUUCGGACAGAGUUCGAGGGUUGUACGGUUGUUGCGGUUGCGCAUCGGGUGAAUACGCUGCUUGAUUUUGACAGGGUUGCCGUUGUAGAAGCCGGGGGGAUCGUGGAAUUCGAUGCCCCGGGGGUGUUGUUGGGACGGAGGGGGUCGGUGUUUGGGGAGCUUUAUAGGGCGGGGGGAGGUAGGAUGGAAGGUAGGUUUGGGAAGUGUUCUAUUUGA